CUCCUUCCUCUCCCCUUCUAUAAAAGGUGCUCAUCUGCCCUCGGGGUUAGGGCACCACGCCUUCUCCUUCUUAUUGCUCUCAGAGGGAGUCGUUCUUUGCGACAAUCAAGGAGCAACGACUCGAAAGGCGCAGUGCCCAAGAUCCUGAUUUUGGGGAUCCUCCACCAUUCGGCCAGCAGUAGCGGACAGCUACGGCUGAGCUGACGACCACGACCGAUCCGACUAACGCCCGGUCCGAUUGAGUCUACAGCCGCCGUCGCCGGAGCACAAUCGGGGAGAAUCCGACGUGCCGUCGACCGAUUCCUGCCAUUGUGAAUGGUGGAAGCUCGUCCGUCGACGCUGGCUGCCCCUCGCUUCUCCUCGAGGACGACCGAGAGGAAGCCGGCUGUGCAUUCGUUUGGAAUCUUUGGAUCCUGCACUAAGGGCUGGUACUACCGCUGCCUCGGCCUUGAUCCCUGAAAUCGAUCGCCCGUCGGUUGUCGAGAGCGUUGGAAAAAUUUUCCGCACUUUUGCUUUGAACUCCCUAACCCAAGCGCCGAUUUGAUCGAUCCUUCGUGAUGGAGCGCGGCUUGGAUCGCUCUUUGGAGAAAAGGGUUAGGGUUUCAAGGUCGCUUCCGUUCAUGCCUGGUUCGUCGACGUUGCCGAAGAAGAAUCAGAACAAGAGCAAUCGUCUGCUGAUUAGUGUUACAGUCGUGGGAAGUGCUGGGCCUCUCCGGUUCCUGGUAAAUGCCGAUGAGUUGGUUAUGGCUGUCAUCGAGCAAACACUGAAAUCUUAUGCACAUGAGGGUCGGCUUCCAGUGCUAGGUUCAGACUUCAAUAAAUUCCUCCUCUACUGCGCACAUGGUGGUUCAGACGCACUCAGCCCGAAUGAGACGAUCGGAUCAUUUGGUGGGAGGAAUUUCGUACUCUGCAAGAAACGGGGAAUAGAUCUUGCCGCUGCUGAGGCUGCUGCUAAGAGCACGAGCGGGUGGAAAUCAUGGCUGAACAAAUCCUUUCAUCUCAAGAUUUCCUCUCACUAAUCUCGUCCACAGCCACGAACAUAAGUGUGUCUGAGUUCUAUGUUCAGUCAUCGUCGUCCUUGUUUUACUUUUUUUUUUUUCAUUUGCUGCAAGCCUGCAAGAGGUGGCAUUCUGUUGAAGAUCCAAAAGGGUGGUCUAUUCUUUGUGGUCGACGUUUUGUCAUCCGACUCAUGUUUUAUUAUCUACUCAUUGGAAUUUGAUUUCUUGUGUGCUUCUGUUAGUUCGGUUGGUAGGUGUUGAAUGAAUCCAGCUUGUAAUAACCCAAUUUCAUAGCUUGGUUGUUGAACAAUAGAAUUCUGGAUUUGUAGUCGGUUGUUUCGGUCA